AUGGUUUCUGCCAAGGAGCCAGUCAUCGCCAUGUCCUCGGGUCUCUCCAUCGCCCUCCUGCACUACCUGUGCCUGGCGACGUGUCUCACCGGGCCACCAGGGCAGAUCAAAAAAGAGGAGAAAUUGUGGCCGGAGAAUUUCACCAGCAUCCUGAACAGCCUCCUGGAUGGCUAUGACAACCGGCUGCGACCGGGAUUCGGGGGUCCUGUUACUGAAGUCAAAACAGAUAUAUAUGUCACCAGUUUUGGACCUGUUUCUGAUGUAGAAAUGGAAUAUACAAUGGAUGUCUUCUUCCGUCAGACAUGGGUAGACAAAAGAUUAAAAUAUGAUGGCCCUAUUGAAAUUUUAAGACUUAACAACUUGAUGGUUUCAAAGGUGUGGACUCCUGACACUUUCUUCAGGAAUGGGAAAAAGUCUGUUGCACAUAACAUGACAGCCCCAAAUAAACUCUUCAGAAUAAUGAGAAAUGGCACCAUCCUGUACACAAUGAGGCUUACAAUAAGUGCAGAGUGUCCCAUGAGAUUAGUGGAUUUUCCCAUGGAUGGUCAUGCUUGUCCUCUCAAAUUUGGGAGUUAUGCUUAUCCAAAGAGUGAAAUGAUUUAUACGUGGACAAAAGGACCUGAGAAGUCAGUGGAAGUUCCUGAGGAGUCUUCCAGUUUAGUUCAGUAUGACCUUCUUGGGCAUACGGUAUCCACUGAAACCAUUAAAUCUAUUACAGGUGAAUAUGUUGUUAUGACAGUUUACUUCCACCUCAGACGGAAAAUGGGUUAUUUUAUGAUUCAGACCUAUAUCCCAUGUAUUAUGACCGUGAUCCUUUCUCAAGUUUCAUUUUGGAUAAAUAAGGAAUCUGUUCCAGCUAGAACUGUGUUUGGAAUAACUACAGUGUUGACAAUGACGACACUGAGCAUCAGUGCAAGACAUUCACUGCCAAAAGUAUCCUAUGCUACUGCCAUGGACUGGUUCAUAGCAGUCUGCUUUGCCUUUGUGUUCUCUGCUCUUAUUGAGUUUGCUGCUGUCAACUAUUUUACUAAUAUUCAAAUGGAAAAAGCCAAAAGGAAGACGGUAAAAUCCCUUCUUGAAUUUCCAGUUGCUCCACUACAAAGAAAAAGAAGUACAGAAGAGACACUCACGAGUACAGAUGCCAACUCAAAUGUGAGGAAAAGAACAAAUGCCACAGUACAGUCCGAAGCUGAUGGUGGGAGCCGAAUUGACACAAGGCAUAGCUCCAUCCAGCCUCCCUCUGUAGCUCAGGGGUCUUCUGACAUUACACCCCAUUCCCUUUCUGCAUCAAGUCCCAACCCUUUCACACGGAUCAAUGCAUCAGAGACAUUAUCUUCUGCAAGAGCUACCCCUCCAGCUCCUCCUUCUACCCCAAUUUUAACUGGAUUUGUAUCCCAGCAUGCCACAGCUGGAUCCCCUUCCAUUCAGCGCUUGCUUGGAUCUAGACUGGAGCAGAUUCAGACCACCACACCUAAUACAUUAGGAGGAUCUGCAAAGCCAUCUGCUGUCACACCACCUGCUCCCCCCGCCUCCCAUUCUGGCACGAGUAAGAUAGACAAAUAUGCACGCAUUUUAUUUCCUGUUACCUUCGGAGCAUUUAACAUGGUCUACUGGGUGGUGUAUCUAUCCAAGGAUACCAUGGAAAAAUCGGAAAGUCUAAUGUAG